AUGCAUUUCACAACUAACGUGGCUCGCGUGAUUUCUCUAUCGGCUGUUUGGGGGACCCUUCUGGUAGCCCACUUUCGGAGGCGCCGGCAGAACGAGCAUGGACAGAACGUUGCUCUCCCGCUGGAAGGCCACGUCUCUGAUCCGUUGGUCUUAGUGACAUGUGAGGACGCGACCGGGGCUGCGGUCUCAGAGGCCUGGGGACAGGAUACGGCAUUGACAUCUCGAGAGCGAUCUAUCAUGGCGUCUUCGACAACCUCUGAUGAUGGCACUUCCUUGGUUCGUCGUGUUCUGAGCGCUAUAGGUAGCUUCAUGUCCCCUUCACCGGCUGAGGAGCAGGCCGCCGUUGCAUUGGUCGAUCAGUCCUUCACUGACUCAAUGAACAUCAUCAAGGGAAUCGCUUCUAGUCUUGACCUCCCCACUCACUUGCCAGAGUCUUUUUAUGCCAGACUACCUUUUCGUCGUUCCAGUUCAAACGAUAACCUAAAAGCUCUGAUGGAGCAGCUUGAGUUACUGACAUUCUAUAGUAAGUCGAAUGGAUUCCUGAAUGCAGUGGCACCAGAGGAAGUGUCGUCAGAGUUGGUGCAGCACACAAUAGGCAAGUUGGAGAACAUGGCCAUCUACCUCCUGGCAGCCUACUUCCCCGCAGACGGGUUAGAGGCCAGCGCGGCCUCGGACCUCAAUCUCCUUCGCUGCCUGGAGGUGCCGGCUGCUCACGAUCUCACUCCCUUUCCUUGCUCUCGGCCCAAAGACCACCUCAUUCGCUUCGGCUAUUGCCAGUUCCAGUUCGCAUCUUUCCUCGCCAACCUCUCCCUUCUGCCUGAAGCUGUCGCCACUCUCUCCCAGCCCUGCCUGAAAUCCUGGCUUGAAAUGUGGUCCACGUCACAGGAUGUUCGGCUACAGCUCCUCUCCACCAAGAUCCAGCACAACCUGCUUGCCCAUAAGUAUCUGAGUUCCGAACACAACGACGCGGUGCAAGGGGAAGAGGGAAAUUUUGGGAAUUCACCGGAUGGAAAAAGAUCGAGAUUUUAUCUUCCCUCUUCGACCUUUCAUGAUGUUUCAACGCCCUCACAAAACGAAAAUCUUGACCCUCCCGUAAUUUACGGGCCGGAUGUAUUUAAGCUAGACAAACGGGAUGACGGCCCGGGGUCACCACCACCCAAAAUCGACAUAAUUUUUGUCAACGGGAUGCUAGGUAGUGUGUUCCACACCUGGCGUCAACGCGACUCCUGUAACGCCGGGAGCGAGGAAAGUCUUACGGAAAGCGGCGAUGAUUCGAGCAGCGACAUUGACAAAUUGUCUCCCUCCUUCCCUGGCCAAAUUAGGUGCUGGCCCCAGGCUUGGCUAAGCGAGGAGUUCCCUGAAGCUCGUAUUCUGGGUAUCAAUGCAAAUUUACGGCCUUUUGUCUGGAACCCCAUUUGUCCCGCGGAAAAGACCAAAUUAAUCAAAUCAACACCCUCUGAUUCUGAUGCCUGGAUUCACAACCAUAUGUUUCUUUACGGUCAGGUACAUGCCUGGAUGUCGACCACAAUCUGUAGGCGUCGGAUUGAUGAAAGGGCUCGUGACAUUUUACAGCAACUUUUACUGGCCGGUGUCGGUCGGCGUCCAAUCGUCUGGGUUGCGCACUCUGCCGGUGGCAUACUCACUAAAGAGGUGCUGAAGCUCUCUGCUACCUGGAUCCCCGAGUCUUCCGCCACCGUACUGUCGCAUUACGAGGAAUCCUCGGAUUCCCUCCUCCACACAACGGAUUUUGCAGUAUCCGUCGCCCAGAAUCUGCAUGCCAAUGAAUACGUUGACCCUGCCUCCUCGGACACCGCCUUAUUAGAUUGUGGUUUCGGUGGUAGGGUGAACGUUGCCACGAUUGCGAUGGACUCCGCAGUCGAUAUGGAAGUGCCCACUGCUGUGGCACACCAAACCAAAGGUAUCAUCUUCCUCUCCGUCCCCCAUCGAGGCAACCAGUCGAUGAUGUUUCUCUACCACUUCCCCAUGGUUUUCACGCUCACACCAGAGGCAAAACAGCUACAGCAAAACAACGCGUCGAUAAUAAGUCUGCACAACUGGUUCCUGGAGUGGGCAUCCAACUGUCCGCUGCAAGUGCUCAAUCUGGUCGAAGACCGGGAGACAGUUAUCAACCGAUGGUAUUCUGUGCACCUCGUUCAGCCCGAACCUCAAGAUACUGAGUUUUCGGAAGUAGUUCUCGUUGAUACCAACCACACUGACAUCUGCAAACCAAGGAAUCAACAAGAUGAAGUCUACGUGAGAGUCACCAGCUUCAUUCGUCGUCUGAUGGAGUCCUCCUAG